AUGCACAAUGACAGUGCCAUGGAUUACUGCUUCUUCUUAUCUCUUCUUUUGGCUCUGAAGAUCCGCACCGCACAUUUGGCUCCCGAUUUCUCUCAAUAUCUUUACACCAUCCUGAAGAACCACACGGCUCAUGCUUGUGAAGGAGAAACGCUGAUCAUCAAGUGUCCCUCCAGGACGUCUGUGGCCGUCCUCUCUGCUUUCUACGGACGACGUGUUCCUAACCAGCAUUUGUGUCCCUCUGCAAACGCAAACACAACUGCAGAGGAGGAUAACGAAUGCACUUCCCAAAUUGCUACCGAGAAAGUGCUGUCAGAGUGUCAGGAUCGGCGGUCCUGUCACAUCCCUGUCUUCAGUCCAGUGUUUGGGCAGGACCCCUGUCCUCUCACCAGCAAGUACCUUCUAGUCUACUACAAGUGCAGACCAGAGCACCACCGCACAAGGCUGGUGUGUGAGAAUGAGCGCCUGAGGCUGAUGUGUAAAAACGAGACUGUCCUCGCAAUCUACUCGGCCACGUUUGGACACCUGCUGCAUGGCAGUCCUCACUGUCCUCAGGAACCUGGAUCACACACUGACAUGGAGUGUUUGUCACCUACGGCUCUGAGGAAAGUGUCACGCAGGUGUCACAGCAGAGCGAUCUGCUCAGUAGUGGCCGACACUCAAACCUUCGGGGACCCCUGCUUCGCCGGCACCAGGAAACACCUGCGAGUGUCCUUCACUUGUGUGCCCCGGUAUCUUCUGGAAGAUGUGAGUCGAGGGACAACGGAUCCAUUCAUGAUCUCAGACUACACACAUGGUGGAUGGUACACUGGCCCCACCUACAGGCCUCAAAACGUGCUCUUAACCAACUCUCUGGAGAUCAUUGAAAAAAUAUUGGAUUUCCCGGAGCGAGUGGCUUUGUACUUUGUCUCUGGCAUCUGUGCUGGUCUGGUUUUCCUGCUCUGCCUGUUUGGUAUACGCUCCACACUAGUGAGGGAUGUUAAAGAGCUGGUUUCUGACCUGAAGGAGGAUCUGAAAGCUUCUCGCAGGCGGCGCAAAGAGCUCAUGGAGGACCUCUUCGACGAUGACAUCUCAGACACGUCGUCUUUCCGUCGCCUCACACAAUCCUACCGCACGACAGAAAUCCUCAGUCCUUCCAAUUUGACUGUCGAGAUGGUUGAGCGUGAAGUGGAACACACGAGGGAUCUUCCCAACGGAGACAUUUGGCCACAUCGAGACUCCAGCCCUUACACCAUUCAUAAGAUUAAAACCUACAACAACUGAGACAAGUCACAUGUAUUCAUUGAAACUACUGCUAAAGCAUCUUUGGGAUAUGACAUUUAAUUUGUGGAAUGAAAUUACACACAGAAACUUAUUUUACUUUUAAAACAAAGUAAUUGUGCUUCUCUAUCCGUGUCCUGUCAUUCAUGACCAAGUGCCUCUAAACAAUAAAGAGUGAAAGUCUUAAUGUGCUAGAUUAAUUCAAAUCGUUACUAAGAUUAACACAACAUGCAUUUUAAUUUGCAAUAGUAUUUUAUAUAAUAACAUUGGGCCUAAACUAAUUUUCUGCCAACAUUUGUUUCAGUUUUAAGAUGUCAUGUAAACAUGUCAAACCCAGUACAUACUGUACAUUACAAAUCAAGUCAUUCAAAAUAAUAAAGGUUGUUUUUAGUGGUCUGUUUACAAUGAUGAGAUCCAUAUACUUCUAUCUAUCUACUGUACUUUCAUAAACUGUUGUAUAGUUUAACUUAAAACAAACAUUAUAUUUGAUAAGCUCUCUGUAUGUUUUCUGUGCAAAGAAACUUAAUUUGAAAUGUAACUAAAAUAUGAUGAAAAAUGUUAUGUAAAGAAUUGUUGAAUAUAGUGUUGGAUUUUUGGAUGUUGAAUAAAAAAUGUAUUGUAUGUAACUUUUCUAAAUGUUCAUGUGAUCUAAAUUGAAGUUCUUAUUGGUUUCACCUGGUUCUUUGACUGUUUUGAGUGUAUUUUACACAGUAAGGGUCAAUAUGAUCCUAAACCUAAUUAGCGUAAUUUUAAUAAUAAUUAAUAAUAAAUAAUACACUGUAAAAAAUACUACUACUUCUAAAAAUAGUAUAUUUAAAAGUCCUGCAUUCAAAAUAUUAAUAAAUAUUAUCAGCAAAAUUAACUUGUCUGAAAAGUAAAAGUAAUUAUCAUGAAUCAUGGCCCUUGGUGUUAAAUUAUUAUGCAUUAUUGAUUUGUUAUAAGCAGUAUUUUAAUGUUUUA